AUGGGUGACGCUGCCAUGAAAGAGUUUGGGCCGGCGGCUCCUUUUUUGAGAAAGUCCGAUAAAGAGCGCUUGGAGGCUCAAACGCGUCCAUUUGACAUGAAGAAGGAAUGUUUUGUUCCUGACCCUGAGGUUGAGUUCGUAAAGGCAUCUAUAACUAAUCGAGACGGUGACAAGAUCACAGCUGAGACUGAGUUUGGAAAGACGGUGACGGUAAAGGAGUGUGACGUGCACCCUCAGAACCCACCGAAGUUUGAUAAAAUUGAAGACAUGGCCAUGUUCACCUUCCUCCAUGAGCCUGCUGUGCUGUUUAACCUCAAAGAGCGUUACGCCGCAUGGAUGAUCUAUACGUACUCCGGGCUGUUCUGUGUCACUGUCAACCCCUACAAGUGGCUGCCAGUCUACAACCAGGAGGUGGUGGUGGCCUACAGGGGAAAGAAGAGGAGUGAAGCUCCCCCUCACAUCUUCUCCAUCUCUGACAACGCCUACCAGUACAUGCUGGCAGAUAGAGAAAACCAGUCGAUUCUCAUCACCGGAGAAUCUGGUGCUGGAAAGACUGUCAACACCAAAAGAGUUAUUCAGUACUUUGCCAGCAUUGCUGCAGUUCCAAGUGCUGGAAAGAAAGACCCAGCCAUCGAAAAGAAGGUUUAUGGUACUUUGGAGGAUCAAAUCAUCCAGGCUAACCCUGCCCUGGAAGCUUUUGGUAAUGCCAAGACCAUCAGAAAUGACAACUCAUCCAGAUUUGGUAAAUUCAUCCGAAUUCAUUUUGACAACAGAGGAAAGUUAGCUUCUGCUGAUAUUGAAACGUACCUUUUGGAAAAGUCUCGUGUGACCUACCAGCUCAAAGCUGAGAGGGACUAUCACAUUUUCUACCAGAUCUUGUCUCAGGCAAAGCCCGAACUUCUGGAAAUGCUGCUCAUCACCAACAACCCCUACGACUAUGCCUUCAUCUCCCAAGGAGAGACAACUGUCAGCUCCAUCAAUGACUCUGAGGAGCUCAUGGCCACUGAUGAUGCCUUUGACGUGCUGGGCUUCACCCAAGAAGAAAAGAACAGCAUUUAUAAGCUGACCGGCGCCAUCAUGCACCAUGGCAACAUGAAGUUUAAGCAGAAGCAGCGAGAAGAGCAGGCAGAGGCCGAUGGCACUGAAGAUGCUGAUAAAGUUGCUUAUCUGAUGGGCCUGAACUCUGCUGACCUCAUCAAAGGUCUCUGUCAUCCAAGAGUUAAAGUGGGAAACGAAUGGGUCACCAAGGGACAAAAUGUCGCCCAGGUGUACUAUGCGGUUGGUGCAUUGUCUAAGGCAGUAUAUGAGAAGAUGUUUCUCUGGAUGGUGAUGAGAAUUAACCAGUCUCUUGACACCAAGCAGGCUCGCCAAUACUUUAUUGGCGUUCUGGAUAUUGCUGGAUUUGAGAUCUUUGACUUCAACACCUUUGAGCAGCUGUGCAUCAACUUCACCAAUGAAAAGCUGCAACAGUUUUUCAACCAUCACAUGUUUGUGCUGGAGCAGGAAGAGUACAAGAAAGAGGGCAUUGAAUGGACUUUCAUAGAUUUCGGUAUGGACUUGCAGGCGUGUAUCGACCUGAUUGAAAAGCCCAUGGGUAUCAUGUCCAUCCUUGAAGAGGAGUGCAUGUUCCCCAAAGCCAGCGAUGCCACCUUUAAAGCUAAGCUAUAUGACAACCACCUGGGGAAAUCCAGUAACUUCCAGAAGCCCAGAAUUGUCAAAGGGAAACCAGAAGCCCAUUUUGCCCUGAUCCACUACGCCGGAACUGUUGACUACAACAUCAACAACUGGCUGGUGAAGAACAAGGACCCUCUGAAUGAGACCGUAGUUGGACUUUACCAGAAGUCUACUCUUAAACUACUGGCUUUCCUCUUUGCAAAUUACGCUGGAGCUGACUCAGCGCACGAUUCUGCCAGUAAGGGUAAAGGAGGUAGCAAGAAGAAAGGUUCAUCCUUCCAAACGGUAUCUGCCUUGCAUAGGGAGAAUCUGAACAAGCUGAUGACCAACUUGAGGUCUACUCACCCCCACUUUGUACGCUGCAUCAUCCCCAAUGAGACCAAGACUCCUGGAGCCAUGGAGAACCCUCUGGUGAUGCACCAGCUGCGCUGUAACGGCGUGCUGGAAGGCAUCAGGAUCUGCAGGAAGGGCUUCCCCAACCGGAUCCUCUACGGAGAUUUUAAACAGAGGUACCGUAUUCUAAAUCCCAGUUCUAUCCCUGAGGGACAGUUCAUUGACAACAAGAAAGCAUCUGAGAAGCUUUUGGGUUCUUUGGACAUAGAUCAUAACCAGUACAAACUCGGGCAUACCAAGGUGUUCUUCAAAGCAGGGCUCCUUGGUCUGCUUGAAGAGAUGCGAGAUGAUCGUUUAGCCCUCAUAAUUACAAGAAUCCAGGCAAGAUCGCGUGGUGUUCUGGCAAGAAUAGAAUUCCAAAAGAUUGUUGAACGCAGGGAUGCGCUCCUUGUGAUUCAGUGGAACGUUCGUGCUUUCAUGGGGGUGAAGAAUUGGCCUUGGAUGAAACUGUACUUUAAGAUCAAACCUCUUUUGAGAUCUGCUGAAGCGGAAAAGGAGAUGGCAAACAUGAAGGAAGAGUUUGCCAAAUUAAAAGAGGCUUUUGCCAAAUCAGAAUCGCGGAAAAAAGAAUUGGAAGAAAAAAUGGUGUCACUUCUCCAAGAGAAGAAUGACUUGCAGAUUCAAGUUCAGGCUGAGCAAGAUAAUCUUUGUGAUGCUGAGGAAAGAUGCGAAGGGCUCAUCAAGAGCAAGAUUCAGCUUGAGGCAAAACUCAAAGAGCUGUCAGAAAGACUGGAGGACGAGGAGGAGAUGAAUGCUGAAUUAACCGCUAAGAAGAGAAAGCUGGAGGAUGAGUGCUCGGAGCUGAAGAAGGACAUUGACGACUUAGAGUUAACCCUUGCAAAAGUGGAGAAGGAGAAGCAUGCCACUGAAAACAAGGUGAAGAACCUGACUGAAGAAAUGGCAGCUCUGGAAGAAAUCAUCGCCAAGCUGACCAAGGAGAAGAAAGCCUUACAAGAAGCUCAUCAGCAAACCCUGGAUGACCUCCAGAGUGAAGAAGACAAAGUCAACACUCUGACCAAGGCCAAGUCUAAACUGGAGCAGCAAGUGGAUGAUCUGGAAGGAUCGCUCGAGCAAGAGAAGAAAGUACGCAUGGACCUUGAAAGAGCAAAGCGAAAGCUUGAAGGGGACCUAAAAUUAGCCCAAGAGAGCGUUAUGGACCUGGAAAAUGACAAGCAGCAACUCGAAGAGAGGCUGAAAAAGAAAGACUUUGAAAUGAACCAACUGGUUGCCAAAGUAGAGGAUGAGCAAAUGAUGAGUGCUCAGCUCCAGAAAAAAUUGAAGGAAUUACAGGCCCGUAUCGAGGAGCUGGAGGAAGAGCUGGAGGCAGAACGAGCCGCUCGAGCCAAGGUGGAGAAGCAGAGAGCAGACCUGGCCAGAGAGCUGGAUGAGAUCAGCGAAAAACUGGAGGAAGCCGGUGGAGCAACAUCCGCCCAGAUUGAGAUGAACAAGAAGCGGGAGGCCGAGUUCCAGAAGCUGCGCAGAGACCUGGAAGAGGCCACUCUGCAGCAUGAAGCCACUGCAGCCACACUGAGGAAGAAACAAGCUGAUAGUGUUGCCGACCUGGGGGAGCAGAUUGACAACCUGCAGAGAGUCAAGCAGAAACUGGAGAAGGAGAAGAGCGAACUCAGGCUGGAACUGGACGAUGUUGUUUCCAACAUGGAACAUGUGGUAAAGUCCAAGAAUCAUUUGGAGAAAACGUGCAGGUCCUUGGAAGACCAAAUGAGUGAAUAUAAAGCAAAGGCAGAAGAGGGCCAACGUACCAUCAAUGACUUCUCCAUGCACAAAGCCAAACUUCAAACUGAGAACGGUGAACUUUCAAGGCAACUUGAGGAGAAGGAUUCCCUGGUGUCUCAGCUCACUAGAGGAAAACAGUCCUACACUCAACAAAUUGAAGACCUGAAACGACAACUGGAAGAGGAGGUCAAGGCCAAGAAUGCAUUAGCCCAUGCUGUGCAGUCUUCUCGCCAUGACUGUGACCUGCUCAGAGAGCAGUAUGAGGAGGAGCAGGAGACCAAGGCUGAGCUGCAGCGUGGCAUGUCCAAGGCCAACUCUGAGGUGGCUCAGUGGAGAACUAAGUAUGAAACUGAUGCCAUCCAGAAGACUGAAGAACUGGAGGAGGCUAAGAAGAAGCUGGCUCAGCGUCUGCAGGAUGCUGAGGAGGCUGUGGAAGCAGUGCAUGCUAAAUGUUCCUCUCUGGAGAAGACCAAACACAGACUGCAGAAUGAGAUUGAAGACCUCAUGGUGGACGUGGGGAGGUCAAACACUGCUGCUGCUGCUCUGGACAAGAAGCAAAGGAACUUUGACAAGGUCUUGGCAGAGUGGAAACAGAAGUACGAGGAGUCUCAAUCAGAGUUGGAAAGCGCCCAAAAGGAUGCAAGGUCUCUGAGCACGGAGCUCUUCAAACUGAAGAACUCUUACGAAGAGUCGAUGGAACACCUGGAAACUGUGAAAAGAGUAAACAAGAACUUACAAGAGGAAAUAUCGGAUCUCAUUGAACAAAUCAGUGAGGGUGGAAAGAGCAUCCAUGAGCUUGAGAAGAUUCGAAAACAGUUGGAGCAGGAGAAGACUGACACCCAAACAGCUCUGGAAGAGGCAGAGGCCUCUCUGGAGCACGAGGAAGGAAAGAUUCUGAGAGUCCAGCUUGAGUUCAGUCAGGUGAAGGCAGACAUUGAGCGCAAGCUGGCCGAGAAAGAUGAGGAGAUGGAGCAAGCCAAGAGAAACCAGCAAAGAAUUGUUGACAACCUUCAGAGCUCGCUUGAGGCCGAGACCCGCAGCAGGAACGAGGCACUCCGUUUGAAGAAGAAGAUGGAAGGAGACCUCAAUGAGAUGGAGAUCCAGCUAAGUCAGGCCAACAGGCAGGCAGCUGAGGCUCAGAAACAACUCAAGUCUGUUCAUGCACACCUGAAGGAUUGCCAACUUCACCUGGACGAGUCUCUUCGUGCCAACGACGAUCUGAAAGAGAACAUCGCCAUCGUGGAGAGACGUAACAACCUCAUUCAGGCUGAGCUGGAAGAGCUGAGGGCUGCUCUCGAGCAAACGGAGAGAAGUCGCAAACUUGCUGAGCAAGAGUUGCUGGACGUUAGCGAGAGGGUGCAGCUGCUGCACUCACAGAACACUAGCUUGAUUAAUCAGAAGAAGAAACUGGAGGCAGAUACAUCCCAGCUUCAGAGCGAAGUAGAAGAAGCAGUUCAGGAGUGCAGGAAUGCAGAAGAGAAGGCCAAGAAGGCCAUCACCGACGCUGCCAUGAUGGCAGAAGAGCUGAAGAAAGAGCAGGACACCAGUGCUCACCUGGAGCGCAUGAAGAAGAACAUGGAGCAAACCAUCAAAGACCUGCAGCACCGUCUGGAUGAAGCUGAACAAAUUGCCAUGAAGGGCGGCAAGAAGCAGCUUCAGAAGCUAGAGACCAGGGUAAAGGAACUUGAAAACGAGGUGGAAAGUGAACAAAAAAAGGCCAGUGAUGCUGUAAAAGGGGUUAGGAAGUAUGAAAGACGUAUCAAAGAGCUUACAUACCAGACUGAAGAAGACAAAAAAAAUCUAGCCCGUCUUCAGGAUCUGGUGGAUAAGCUCCAGCUUAAGGUCAAAUCCUACAAGAGAGCCACAGAAGAGGCUGAAGAACAAGCCAACAGCAAUCUCACCAAGUUCCGUAGGAUUCAGCAUGAGCUCGACGAAGCUGAGGAGAGAGCCGACAUUGCCGAGUCACAGGUCAACAAGCUGCGUGCCAAAAGUCGUGACGUCGGAUCAAAGGUUGGUCAUCGGAAAAUGGAGUAUUUGAAAGCACUGUUGUACUGUCCGCUUGCAAACAGUAAUUUUAGCAUGCUGAUUUGGAAUCAGCAGUUAUGCAUUACUGUCAACAGCAAGCAGUAGAGAUACCGUACGGUCGUCCCUGGCAAUAU